UAGGGGUUGUAAAUAAUUUAGGCAGUCCUAAAUAACAUUAUUUGGACUUUGUUUUCCAUUUUUCAUGUAUUUCAUGUGUCUUUUUAGGAUGCAUACACCAGAGCCCAAUAUUACAUUGAGUAUUUCAGACAUCCCUGAGAGUGUGUUUCUGCAUAGCUUAAAUUCUGGACAGGAAGCAGCAGCAACGUCGGAGUCUUAUAAUGAAAAUGACCACUCAAAUUCCACCAACAUGGCAGAAGAAUUAACAUCCAAAGAAUCAGAGGCAACAUGGAAAAAAUCUAUGGAAAUAAAAUAUUCCUUGAGUAGUGGUUUAGAACUUGCAAAAAAUCAAAAUGACUUGGAGAAAAAAGACAAACAAAUGCGAAGAAAGGAAAAUAAUGUUCAACCAAAGUCCAACAAUAAGAAAAAAUCUUUGAAAUCAAACACCAUAUCAGCCAAGAAGAAGAAAUCUACACUAACCUCUUCACUGACCGGAUGUAGAGGAUCUGCAAAGAAAAAAAAUGAGAUAGAUAAAGGGACCACACAAAGUCAAAAAAAGAAAACUAGUGUUUGCCAAAAGUUGGGGAACACGACAAAACUACUGAAAUUAAAAAAACAGCAGACUGAGAUGGAUAGAUCUGUAAAAUCAUCAUUGACUGGUACUACAGGACCUGCAAAAAAGGAAGAUAAAAUAAAUAAUAAAGCCACAGGAGCACUACAAAAGAAAAAAGGUGCUCCUCCAGAGUCCAGCCAUGUGAUGGAACCUUUGAAAUCAAAAAACCCACAGAUCAAGCCAAAGGUGUUUACAAAAAUAAAGCCAUUCUUGGUUGGCAUUGCACCAUCUACAAGGCAGAAAAAUAAGACACAGAUAAACAACACACAGACACACAAAAAAGUGUAUCCCACAUCCAGCAACAUGGCAGAACCUUUGAAAUUGAAAAACCCACAGACCAAGCCAAAUAUAUCUACAAAAAUAAAUUCAUUUUUGUCUGGUGCCAUAGGACCUACAAUGCCAAAUAACGAGACAAAGAAAAAAGCAACAGAAACACAAAGAAUGAAGGUUUAUCCUGAGCCCAGAUCUGCGACAAAACCUUUGAAACCAAAAACUACACAAACCAAGCCAAAGAUGUCUACAAAAAUAAAAUCAUUUUUGACUGGUGUCAUACAACCUGCAAAGUCAAAAAAUAACACAAAGAAAAAAGCCACACAAACACAAAAAAAGAUUCAUCCCAAGUCCAGCCAGAUGAAAGAACCUUUGAAAUCAAAAAACCCACAGACCAAGAAGAAGAUGCCUUACAAAAUAAAAGCAUUCUUGACUGGCACUGUAAGACCUACAAAACAGAAAAAUAAGUUAAAGAAAAAAGCCAAAGAAGCACAAACAAAGAAAAAGAGUGUUUAUUCUAAAUUCAACCUCAUGGCAGAACCUUUGAAAUCAAGAAAAACAUGGACAAAACCAAAGAUGUCCACAGGACCUGCAAAGACAAAGAAUGAGAUAAAGACCACACAGAGACAGCAAGAAAAAAAUAAUAACCAUCCUAAGUCCAGCCAUAAGACACAGCCUAUGAAGUCAGCAUUACCAAGGACUACUCUGAAGAAAUCUACGGAAAUGUUAUACUCGACUAGUGGUGUAGGAUCUGCAAGUCACAAAAAUGAGACAGGGAGAACAACCAUAUUAAACUAUUUAACUUUUCUCAAAGAAGAUAUGAAGAGAAUUAUGGGAAUGUUUAACCAUUCUGACUGUGGAAAUGAUAUAUCUUCAGGAAAUACAGUGGAGACGUGUUAAGCAUUCUAGUCGCCAUCCAGCUAGAGGACAUCAGCAAAUAUUUUUUAACUCAGUAUGUGUCAUAAUAUUACAUCUUAUAAAAUUCAAGGUGGACAAGAAGGUUACAGAUAAAGGGGGAAUCAUAUUGUUGAAAAUAUUGAGAUAUCAUCAUUUUAACAAGAAUAAUUAACAGCUAUACAGAAUAAGAUGAAUUAAGAAUUCAUCACCUUCAGGAAAAUGGUGAAUGAGAAGGAUGAAAAUCCACACGUACAGUCCUGAAAGAGCAACGAUCCAACCAGCAAUCCACACGUACAGUCCUGAAAGAGCAAUGAUCCAACCAGCAACCCAUCAGCUGCUUCAUUUAUGCAAUCUGCCACUAGCAUUUUGAUCAGUCUUUGCGGGAAAAGAUGCUAUGGUUCUCUGAAUAAUGUAGUUUUUUGAAGCUGUAAGUCUUUGCUCAUCUGAAGCUUCCAAAGUCUCUAGCCAAUAUUCCUAGGAUAACAGAACAAAAUGCAGUAACACCUCAGGAACACAGUCCAGUUCCGAGUGACUAAUUUUGCAAAACCAGGAUUACAUCAUCUUCAACACUGGAUUAAGGAAGUUCAAGGGUACGAGUUCAUCAUUCUCAACUUCAUGAAAUCUGUUAAAAAGUAAUAUCAGGACUUGCUUAAUACAAACACAUGAAGAAGACUGUCACAAUGAAAAUGUACAGAAAGGAAUCCUGACCUUUUGCAAAAGAUUCUGGAAUGGCCAUAAGUGAAGAUCAGACAGUAAUCGUAAGGGAGAUCCAGCCAUGUGCCUAGGUUCCAUGUUUAUCAUCAUUGUCGAAUGUUGCAGAUGAGAAGCAAUGGAGUAUGCCACUGCUGUGAUCCAGAAAACCAUAUUUCUCUUGUACAGGAAAUCGAGGAUUGUACUUUCUAAGAGAUGUAUACUACAGAAAGCAGAUGCUUAUUUCCAUGCGGUCUUUGCACUACCCGCUGAAGUAGCUGAAAAUAAGUUAAACAGGCACCCGGUGGCCAGCGCCAUGCAGUUCAUGUUACCAAAGUAUUGCAAUUGAGUAAGUGUUCAGAGCAAGGAAGUCAAUCCCAAUCGGCUGUGUUCAGAAGAUAAAAGACUGUUAAUUCAGAUCCUUUGGAACAGUAUGCAGAAUUCUACACAACAUGGUUGGAAUAAUAAAAAUAUAUUUUAAUGAUGUGUUACCUUCUACAGUGCUAAUUGGAUUUCCUAUGUAUAUCUUCUUUUAUCUAGAACACUUACUAUAAAAUUCUAAGUAGAAGCAGGCAGUAGUAACCAUUUGAGUCAUAACCAAACAAAUUGUGCUGUCUCAUUUGAAUCAUACGUUGAUAAGUGCACUACUUUUGGAAUAUACAGCAAAGCUCAAAGUUAUAUUGUGACAUUUAUGUAGAAUAAAGUUUACCUUCACAUUGA